AAGAAGCGGACAAAGCUGAAACAACACAUGACCGCUGCCCAUGGCCGGACCCAUCGGAACCUGCUGACGAAACUGGAGAUAUCUAAGGAGGAACCGAAGAGCAUCAUUGUUAUCGGUACACCGGAGCCUGAUGAAGAUAAUGCGUUACUCUCGACCGAAUUCAUUGCCAUCAAGCAAGGACUUGGACGGGAGGAGGACAAAGAUUUGGAGCUCCUUUCGGAGGAAGAAUGGCCAGUAGAACCCUCAGACAAGACGACCAUCGAUCAAGAGUUGCUGGAGUUCUACAAGCGGCUAGUGUGCGAAAUAUGUGAUCUCGACGGUAUGGCCAUCGGAGAGGCACCGAUCGAGUAUGCGACUUUGAAGGAGUUAAACCGGCACAUGCGUCGGACCCACGGACAUGGCGAGGGCAGUGUAAAGUGUCCACUUUGCGAGAAAAAGUUCCGAACGAGGGCGAAGCUACUGGCACACAAGGACAUGCACCUUAAUCCGGACCAGUAUCGGUGCAAGCUGUGCUCCGAGGUGCACCAGAACAUCGAGGAGCAUAUGCAGAACAAGCACCAGGAGCGCACAUUCUGCUGCGACACGUGUGGCAAACGGUUUCCAUUCCAAACACGUCUCAACGCGCACGUCCGCAAGAUGCACACCGUGAAGGACAUCAUCUGUGAACAGUGCAACAAGGCCUUCAGCAAAUACACCAUCGAAGACCACAAACGCUCCGUGCACGGUACCGGGUUUAUUUGUGAGCAUUGUCCACGCAGCUUCAAAAGCCGGUUCCAGCUGGAAAACCACAUGGAAGAGCAUAGGGUUGAUGAGAGUGGGGUGCGGCCAGCGAAGGCUACCUGCACUAUCUGUGGUAUUGUGGUGCGGAACAAGUACAAUCUAACUACGCAUAUGAAGCGGAUGCACACGGAACAAAAACCGGCCCGUUGUGAAUCGUGCGGAAAGGUGUUCAAAUCGAAGCACAACCUUGACGCACAUCGUGCGAACGUGUGCACGGAUCGCAACUUCCCAUGUACGAUCUGUAAUAAGCGAUUCAAGAAGAAGAUCAAGCUAAAGGAACACAUGACUACGCACACGCGUAGUGCCCUUUACCAGUGCCCUUACUGUCCGCUGACGUUCAGCUUCGAAACGCAGCUGUACACCCAUCGCAAGCAGGCACAUUACGCGGAGUGGCUCGAGCUACAGCGCAAGCGGAAGGAAGUGAGCGAUAAGAGCUUCCGAAAACGCGAUGAACAGGGUGGCCGGAAUGUGGUGAAGCUGCUAUCACUACAUCUGCACUUUGUGAUCACGGACUUCUGCGAGGUAUGCCUAUCGCUGUCCAAGGAAGCGUACUUGGAUAUUUUCGCUGAAGAGAACUCCGACAAACAGAUUGCCCUGAUCAUUUCCAAGUAUCUAUGGUUUGAGGUCGUACCAGUGUCGGUUGAAGGUGCACGCUUCAUCUGUUCCAGUUGUUGGCUUUCCCUGGAACAGUUUCAUGAGUUCUACACCGAAGUUCAACGGGCACAAGCCUCCGCUACUGUGCAUAGCACCGCCGCUGCCACAUCCGCCGAAGAUAAAACGGAGUGCAUCGUGGAAGAAAGUACCACAAGCAAGGAUCACCCAGAGUUCUACGAAGUGAAGGUAGAACCCACCGAUAACAUCCAGGAAGGAGUUAACGAAGAAGAGGCUCAUUGCACCGAUAAACCGUUAGCGUGUGUGUUUGUGAAAUGUGAGGGACUCGUAGCACCAGACCCGACGGCACAAUCCGAUAACGAAGAAGAGAUACUGCUGGAGCAGCAGCAGCAGCAGACUGAGGAAGAGCAAUCCGUCUCGGAAUCAUCGGAGGACUGUUCUACGGCCGGCGAAGGAACGUCGAAACGGAAACGGAAACGAACAAGAAAAUCCGACCCAAGCCAGGACUCAAAAACGCGAAAAGUGGAAGACCAACAAAAGGAGGACGAGGAAUUACUGCGUUUCUACAAGCGCAUAGUAUGCGAGACGUGUGACAACCAGCGGAUGAUGGCCGGAGAGUCACAGAUAGAUUACGGCACCUGGAGGGGUCUGUUAAGGCACACAAAGGAGUGCCACGGGCACGACAAGAUCUACGUCAAAUGCCCCGUGUGCGAGAUUAAGCUACGAACCAAAUUUAACCUGCAACAGCACAUGGAUAUGCACGAGAACCCGGAAAAGUAUCGCUGCAAGCUGUGCUCCGAGGUGCACCAGAACAUGAAGGAACACAUGCAGAACAAGCACCAGGAACGACAGUUUUGCUGCGACGUGUGUGGCAAGAAGUUCCCAUUCAAGAAGCGGCUCACGGUGCACAUAAAGAAGAUGCACGUAGAAAAGGACAUCAUCUGCGAUCAGUGCCAGAAACCAUUCACUCGCUAUACGAUUGAGGACCAUAGGCGAUCGGUACAUACGGCGCGGUUCGUGUGCGAGCACUGCCCCAAAACAUUCAACAGUCGUUUUCGGUUACGGCAGCAUAUGGAAGAGCACGAUGAAAGCCUGCGCAAUUCCACAUCCGUCCCCUGCACGGUAUGCGGUCAGGUGAUGCGCGACAAGUACAUCCUUAGCCGACACGUAAAACUUAUGCAUACCGUGCAACCGGCCUUCCGGCGUAAGAACAAACUAAAGGAGCACAUGUCGACGCACACCGGCAAACCGCUGUACAUGUGCUCGUUCUGCCCGGAAACGUUCCGCCAAGACACGCACCUGUACUACCACCGAAAGAAUGCACACUACGAACAGUGGUUGCAGAUGCAGCAGCAGCGAAAGGAAGGGGAGAUUCUGAACAAGGAUAAAGCCGCGCAUCACACUAAAUCCUCCCAGCUGAGACAACUGGACCCCGGAGCCGCAAUGGAAUGCCAGGUAUGCUACCGGACGAACGAGGCGGAGUACUUGGAUAUUUACGCCAAGGAGCACAUCGACAAACAUAUCGCCACGUUAAUAGCCCAGCAUCUGUGCUUUGAGAUAUUACCGAGCGGAGACACCACACCCCACAUCUGCAUCAAGUGCUGGACCGCUUUGGAUGAGUUUCACAGAUUCUACAGUGACAUCGAAAUUGUGCGUCGGGCGAGAACCGAUGACGAGAAUAACAAACAGAAGGUGGAGUCUCCCAGUUCUGCGUGUCAAGAUGAGCCAACGUACAAUACGGAGUUUCUGGAAAUUAAAGACGAACCAUUGGAAGAGGAAGAGGACGGUGAUGAACCCUUUGAUCUGGGUGCGGUAGAUAAGGAGGAACCACCGGACAUGGAGCAUUCCGAUGGCUUCGUCGAUGAGGAACAAGACGAUAAUGAUGAUGAUUGUGAUGAUGAUGAUGAUGAUGAUGAUGGUGAAGAUGCGACGUCCUCCAACGACCGGAAACUCUCUAAAACUGAAUUGAGAGCAGCGAGAAAGAAAAAGGAACUCGCGAGGACAAGAGGAAAGUCCGAUGAAACGGAGACCAAAAGGAAGGUGGUCACGGAGAGUGUACCGACGAUGGACGACGGGGAACUGUUGGAGUUCUACAAGCGGAUCGUGUGCGAGAUGUGCGACAAUCAGCGGAUGAUGCGGGGUGAACCGUUGAUCGACUUUGGCUCCUGGACGGCGCUGUUGCGCCACUCGAAGGAGGUGCAUGGUCAUUACAAGAUCUUCGUCCAAUGUCCAAUUUGUGGUGGGAAGCUGCGCACGAAGGUCACCCUAUGGCAGCACAUGGAUAUGCACAAGCAUCCGGAUAAGUAUCGGUGCCAGGUGUGCUCCGAGGUGCACCAGAACAUGAAGGAGCAUAUGCAGAACAAGCACGAGGAGCGGCAGUACAGUUGCGAUCUGUGUGGCAGCAAAUUUCCUUUCAAAAAGCGCCUCGUGGUACACAUGAAGAAGAUGCAUGCCGAGAAGGACGUGCAGUGUGAUCAGUGCCAAAAAUCGUUCACCAAGUACACGAUCGAGGACCACAGGCGUUCGGUGCAUAUGGCACGGUUCGUGUGCGAGCACUGCCCGAAAACGUUCAAAAUUCGCUUCCGGCUGUUGAAGCAUAUGCAGGAGCACGAUAAAAGCUUGCGCGUUGCGACAUCCGUCCCAUGCCACAUCUGCGGCCAGGUGAUGGGCGAUAAGUACAUCCUAAGCCAACAUAUCAAGCACAUGCACGCCGAGCAGCAAUCGGUCAACUGUGAUACCUGUGGCAAAACGUUCAAGAACAAGCGCAACCUGACCGUACACCUAGCGAACGUGUGUAUGAAGCUGGCGCGGAUGCACCCGUGCAGUAUCUGCGAUAAGCAGUUCCGCAACCUGAACCGACUGAAAGACCACAUGGCAACAUGCACGCCUGUCUGAGCAGCAGAAUCGGAAUCGAAGUAGGCAGUCCUUGGGGGAGCCAUUUAGUGGUAGACCAAUGAAUGGCACAAGGAUGUAGUAACCUACUGUUCUAAGCAUUUAAAUUUCAAGCAAGUAUUAGUUGGCUAGUAUGUAUGGUAACGUCUCGCGGCGUUGGUGACGUGGAUAUGACAGGCGUUAUUAUUUUCGUUUUAAUAUUGGUCGUAUUUAAAGUAUUUUUUAGUUAAAUUGGGAGAAUUAAAAUUGUAUAUUCUAAUCAGGCGUUGGAUCAGUGCAUAGAUUUCCUAUUGUUUGGAUGAGCCAUCAUGAAAGAGAACGCUACGAUAUAGCGUUUUCAUUACUUCCAUUAUUUCUCUGCAUCGUAAGCAAUUCAUACUCGAAAACAAAUUCAUUAGAUUGGGUAAAGGAGAUUUUAGUUAAGUACCAUGCUACCAUUCCCAGUCCUGUAAAACGUCGCGCUUUGUACUUAUUUUUUGUACCUAUCUAUCGUAAUACAGUUCAAAAGAUUUUUAAGUUUUUCGUUUUU